AUGAGAAAAGCCCAGCAACCGCCUGUCGUCGAUCUUACAGCAGAAGACGAUAUCUCGGAGGAGCCAAAUCGGAUGGAAGCUCAUUUAGAAUCAGACGAUUAUUUUGAAGUGUUGAAUUUACCGCGUUCAGCCUCGGCGUCAGAUGUGAAGCGCGCAUAUAGAAAAUUGGCCGUACAGUGGCAUCCAGACAAAAAUCGGUCCAAUUUACGUGCAGAGGAAAUUUUUAAGCGUAUUGGUGAAGCUUACGAAGUACUAAGCGAUCCAAAGAAGAGAAAAAUUUAUACUGAAUACGGCAAAGCAGGUCUUAAUGGAGGUCCAGGUGCUUCAGAUCCCAAUGAUCGUUUUGGACACCGACAUCAUGGAAAUUUCUCGUCUCAACAUGCGCGGGAUAUUUUUGAUGCCUUUUUUGGGGGUCAGGAUCCAUUCGAAGCAUUUUUUGGCCAACGCAGAGGGUCAACAAAGCGUAACGGGCGCUUUGAUGAUGACUUCUUUGGGUCUAUGGGCUUUGGUGGGAUGGGAAUGGGUCGGGAAUUUGGACAUAUGGGUAUGCCUAUGAUGGGUCUUGGCAGGGGAUUUGGAAAUAUGGGCAUGGAUUCUUUUUUUAGCGAUGAGUUUACCACAAUGAACGGAUCCGGUACGACGUUUUCGACGAGUUCUAGCUCAUCCUCGUCGACUUUUACAGAUCGAAAUGGUCACGUGAUUACACAGAAAACAAUCACGACCACAGGUGCAGAUGGACAAACAAAGACUACAACAGAGGAAUAUCGCGAUGGCACAUUGGUGAACUCCUCGUCGACAUGUGGAAAUCGUUUGGCAGAUGCAGGUCGAAAGCAACUCGAAGGUGGCAACCGUCACGGAUCUCGUCCGAAGUAUUAA